AUGAUGAUCCCACCACAGAAUAAAGAGGGCAGAGGCAUCUGCUUCAUCCAGCAGGAGAGGAACAACUUCAGCUUGAGUACUGCAGAUGUGAACAGGAAGCACAGUGCUGAUGGAACCACCGGUUCAGGGUCUGAACCAACACCGCGGAGAGGCUCUGUUGACUCUGACCGUUACCAUCCGUACCAUCGACAGUUCAGCGAUGGAGCAGGGCCAGGUGCGGGCUGCCUCCAACAGUGCACGUCUUCCUUCAGCUGUCUGCAGGAGGCGUGCAGCCCUGACGCUCGUUCACACAGCACGAGAUGCGAGGCAUCAUCAUCAUCAUCCUGGGACCAGUACAACGGCAGCGUUCAGCAGAGUUCGUUCCCAGAACCACCAAGUGUACCAGUAGACCCCACCUGCUUUCUGUCUCAAAGCUAUCCAUUUUACAGCUCAUCGAGCCCUGUACAACAGGUCUCCUUUGGACAGUAUCCUAAUUAUGAUCAGUCCAACAGCUCAAAAUAUUCCCUCCAGAGUCUCUGCACUCAAUCACACCAGGAGAGCACCGCACAGUCCAUCUUCCCCAAACCCAUCUACUCAUACAGCAUCUUGAUCUUCUUGGCUCUGAAGAACAGCAAGACAGGACGCCUGCCAGUCAGUGAGAUCUACAGCUUCAUGACUGAACACUUUCCAUACUUCAAGUCAGCUCCUGAUGGAUGGAAGAACUCUGUGCGUCACAACCUCUCCCUGAACAAGUGCUUUCAGAAGGUGGAGAACAAAAGUGAGAAUUUGUCCCGUAAAGGCUGCCUUUGGGCUCUCAAUCCCGCCAAGGUGGAGAAAAUGCAGGAGGAGCUGCACAAGUGGCGUCGCAAGGACCCCAUCAGCGUUCGCAGGAGCAUGGCGAGCCCAGAAGAUCUUGAUCGUCUACUGGGAGAGAAACCGACCAAACUCAGGUCUUUGCCCCCUUUCACCAACCCAGCUUUGUUAUCCAGGGUGGCCUCUAUCUUUGGCACCACCUCAUCAUGCACCCCAGCCCAGCUUCGACCACCGUUACGGCGUCCACAGUAUGCACAUGUUCAACCUCCGCAGCCCUGCUACCUUCCCCCUGCCACUGCUCAGCCCAGCCACUCUUUUGCCCUGUACUCACCCUGUGGGCAGCAGCCUGCUGCUGGCGUCCCGUCAGCCACUGGAGGCUUACCCAUGGCUGGUAAGAUGCCACCGAGUUACAACGGUGCCCUGCAGGCUGAGUACUGCUCCAGGAGCAUGCAGGACUUGCUGUUGGAGGGAGGCGCCAGUUAUGACAUCGACACGCUCAACCCCAGUCUGACUGACCUGCAGCUGCAAGGUAACUUGUGGGACAGCUUGGUGUUUGAUCCACGAGUUACCACGACCUCUGCCCUGCAGGACCACCGUGUCCAGACCGGCUGCCCACGGGUCACGUCUCCUGGCGGUCAGACGUCGGACGUCGGCCGACAAAAAGCAGGUGACGAAGACGAAAACACCGAUAGAAGCUUUGAUCAGCACGAUUAUUCGAAUGGACUGCAUCCUGCGGUGUAUUCAGGGGUGGAGAGUCUUGCUGGGUAUCUGACUUCCUGUUCCACAUCCAUCUCCUUGAUAUAA